UUAUUCUCGCAAUACUAAAAUGAACAGAAUGUUUCUGUAUUCGCAAACAUCGUUAUUCGCGUUUCACUCGAAAGCUUAACAUAGAUAACAGUAGACAUGAUAUCGUUUUGUAAAUAAACAUCAAAGUAAAGGCGAAAUGGUCGCAGUAAGCAGUAGUCACAUGGUGAGAUCUUUUUGUAUUCCUCUCUGUGUAGCAAAAGAAGGAAUGAAUUUAAACUCAAGUGUUUUCAAAACACCAAAGUGUAUUAAUUAAUGUAUUCUUUUAACGUUUAACGAAUUUUGUUACUUUCGCCAGUUAUAAUCAUUGCAUGACUAAGGCUGUUAAAUAUGUCUGACACUAAUAUCAGAUGAUCUGAAGAUAACGCAUAUCAAAAGCAAGUGCAGGCGAUGACAGUUGCUUUGACAGUUUUCUAUUAAAUCUAGUGCUUAUAUUAGAAGAAAAUGGGCCUAAAAUGGUUUCGAGCGCGUCUGUCAAUAGAGAAAGAACAGUCCAAAAUUCCGGAAAUGACAGGCCAAUAUCGAAGAUUUUCGUAUUCCGAGUCGACAAAUAAAAAAAAUGUGGAAGUCUUAAUUGCUACACCUUCUUCAGUCGCAAGUGAUUCAAGUGACGAUAACGAAACAAUUGAAUAUGAUCGUUCAAAAACGGAUCUUGCAAGUCAAACAUCAUCGUCAAUUAUUGAUUCGGAAGAAAUGAUGAUAAAAGAAAAUGUUAAAAAACCGCAGAUAAUUAAUUAUAUGAUUGAAAAUGCGGAGCCUUCUACUUCCAUUAAAGAUCCAAAUGUAAAAGAACAAUCGAUACACGGCGAAAUAUCAAAUAAGACAACUAAAGAUCAAAAUGAUACAAAAAGUCCUAUCUUAGAUAACGAGCUCGUGAUUUAAUGAGGAGAAAAUGUUAGAUAAUGUAUGUACAUAAAGGUGUCUUACACGCGAAAGACGAAUACUUUUGUCUCAAUUCGGAUAUUUCUACACUAUUUAAAAAAAAUAUAUAUGUAUACAUA